AAUAAAAAAGUGUAAAAUUCAAAUAUUGAAAGAAAUGGCGGUUAUCUAACAGGGCAGUUUAUUUUAUUUUAGUUUUGAUUUGAUAAUAAAAUUAAAAAGAAAAGAAAAAAAAAAAAGAGGCUAUUUGUUCGAAAAUUGGUGUGUGUUUCAAUCCGGUAAUGAAAAUGGCGGAAAAGGAAGGUAACCUCCCUUUCGUUUGCCUCUCUUCCUCUUCCGAUGACGACGCCACCACCGACUAUAUAGAUCUAGAAGAAGAAGAAGAAGACGACGACGACGACGACGACGAUGAUUAUGAUGAUGACCAAUCCGAGGACUCGGAGUAUUCUGAAGAAGAUAGCAAUGGUCACGGCGAUGACGUUGACGUUGACGUUGAGUCGCUCUCUAACAAUAUUAACAGCCGUUUGAAAGAACAUGAUGGAUUAAAAUCUUUAAAGCUCAAUGAUUGCAAAGCAUAUUUGCGGAAGCAUGGCCUCAGAGUAGCCGGGACUAAGUCUGUUUGUAUACAAAGAAUUAAGGAGUAUUGCAGGUUAAUGGAUGGAAAUGGUGAAGCACUUUACCCUAGUUCAUCAUUUGACAUCAAUUGUACUGGCGAUGUUUGCAAGGGAGAUGUUGUCCUCUUUACACAAAAAGUUUAUGAGAGGUUUGAUAAAGUGACGAGACAUGGGAAGGUUUUAGGGAAGAGAACUGUUGCUGGAAGAGUUGUUAAGGAAAGCUAUGGUGCUGCAAAACAACAACAUACAUUUACGGUAGAAGUUUUCUGGAGUAGAGGAAUCAAGAAGUUGUCUCCGCUCUAUCCUUUGCUUGUAAAGGGUCGCAAUCUCUAUAAAAUGAGAACUUUCAGACAGUGUUGGAGUGACGAAGCAUUGCGGCUGAAUGUACUUGCUGAAAAGCAUCAACGAGGUGCAGCUGCUAGGUUUGAGAGAGCUAUGAAGAGAACAAAGAAUGGGAUUGCAAACAAAGGUACUAAAGAUCAGAAAAAAUUCCCCUCUGCAGGACCGUCACGAAAGAGAAAGGCCAGCGAAACAAUGAAGAGAAAGGAUAACUUUGAUAGUCGUGGGAAAACUCCACUUAGAGAAUCUAGAAAUUAUAAUAAUAGUCGUCAACAUCAUGAUUCAACUUUUAGAUCAUCUGAACAUUUUAGGGAAUAUCAGAAAUUCUCACGUCCAUUUACAAGUAAUUUUCCAAAUUUCCAAUCACAUGCAGAUCCUCCAUGGGUUAAUGAUCAUUCUCAGAUAAGAUCUCAUUACAGGAGUGCACCUGACCCCUUUUCUAGGCAUGCUUGGAGCUCCAAUCCUUAUGUUACUAUGCCUGGACCACAGUUUGGGCAUUUUGACCACACUUUUAAUACUAAUCAUGCUUCUCAAAAUCCUGGAUACUACUUUGAAUCUAGAAAUUGGAGUGGGCAAUGGAGGUAACAGGUAAGUCUUUUUCACUUUCUUUCUUACUGUUUUUGUAGAUCUGCAAGCUGCUAAAUACAAAAGUCUACACUCAUUUCCUCAAGUGAUCAUAUCCUACAAAGGUCAUGGUUGUCCAGCUGUAAUUCCUAAAGUGUACUUGUUUAUCUCACACAGACCAAAACUAACAAUUAUACCUUAUAUUGCUUGAAGCAAACAUUUGGCUGUAAAUGUCUGAGCUUGUGGAAUUAUCUUCUUGUCUAGUUUGUAAAGCAGAGGUUCACAGACA